AGAAACUUGAAUUCCGACUAUAUCUACCAUAGCCAAUCUGUUUCUGCAUUGUUGCAGCAACCUUCAGUCCACCCGUCUGAGAAUAGUCUUCCCAGAUUUGCGUCAGGACCCCUUGUGGGUAUUACUGCUAAAUCAGGUCCAAUGUCAAAAACAAAUAAAACCAGCAUUUUUCAUUCAGGUCCUCUUGGUGACUCAUCCACAAAAUCGGGCCCAAUUUCAGGAAAUAAUAGAAGUGUCAAUUUUUAUUCUGGUCCCUUGGGGACGAAUUUGCAGAGAUCUGCCCCAGUCAAUCAAAAAAAUAAAAUUGGCAAGAUUUGGAAGUUUCCCGGCUACGCCAAAAAAACUCAUACAAGAGCCAGUCGGUUAACUCAAGUGGGGCCUUUCAAAGGCUGUAUAAUGGCUGCAGACAGUUCCUCUGUCAGCGAGUGCUACUUAAGCUCCAGUGAUGUUCAAAUGGGGACGCAGAAUGUCUAUGAUGCUAAUCCAAGCCUAGCUGGUCGUGGAAAAGCAGUUCAUUAUGAUCAAUCAGUCUUGAGUUCUAAGGGCAAGCUGUUAAAUCCUCCGCUUGAUACACUUGGUGCUGCUGCUUUGGCACUACACUAUGCAAAUGUUAUCAUUGUCAUUGAGAAGUUGGCAGCUACUCCGCACUUGAUUGGCCCUGAUGCAAGAGAAGACCUGUACAAUAUGUUACCGACAACUGUGAGAACUGCCCUUAGGGAUAAGCUAAAGCCAUAUGCGAAGACCAUGGCGUCAUCAGUCUAUGAUACGGCUCUAGCAGAAGAAUGGACUGAAGCUAUGUCAAGAAUAUUGGAAUGGUUGGCUCCACUUGCUCAUAACAUGAUUAGAUGGCAGUCUGAGAGAAGUUUUGAGCAGCAGAGCUUUGUUUCUCGGACAAAUGUGCUGCUGGUACAAACGCUUUACUUCGCAAAUCAAGAAAAGACUGAAGCAACAAUAACUGAGCUUCUUGUUGGACUGAAUUAUGUCUGGAGAUAUGGUCAGGAACUUAACACAAAAGCUCUGGCGGAGUGUGCCAGUAGCAGAAUGUUCCGUGAGUAUCUUGAUCUGAAAGGGUAAGCAUUUACUUAGCUCGUUGCUGUCUCCAACAAAAUUCCGGUUCGAUGGGGAAACACGUUGGACAAACAUCAACAAUGUGGCUUCUUAAAUCUCAACACUCGCAGAUCAAAAGUUAAAAUGCUGGGUGAAGCUGAGAGUAAUGCCCCUACUAUAGAAAUUGUAGUAGCAGAAUGAAUUCCUGGUGAGAUGAGUUUCAUGGACAUUUGUCAUUCUUUUUCUUUGCCGAGUUCCUAGCUGCCAAAACUUGUAUAGCUGGUCUCAUCUUGCAAAGAGGAGUUGAUCUUUUGGUGGAUGUGUGAUAUAGGAGCAACCGAACAAGGAAGUAUCCAUAAAUUUCUCUUUGCUUGAAGCUUGAGAUAUUCAAAUUACCCCAGCCUUUCUGUUUCAGUGGUGAGUUGCUGCAUCAUGUUUAGGGCGUGUUUAUUUAGGAACAUCUGCAUAUUACCUAAUUGUAUAGCUAUCAUGGUUACUUUCUAUAUGAUCUUAUUGCUGGCCAAGCAUGGAAGCUUGACACGAUAUUUGUACCUAGUACAUUAUAUAAAACAUGGUGCUCUAUAAAUCUCACGUUUACUCCUAGUUUGUCACCAUCAUAAUCAUUGUUUGGAUAAUCUCAUCAAUCAAUGAACCAUGUUGUUCCCUGCUUUA